UAACUCUUCAAUCGGAGCUUCGACGUCUAUAUAUAUGGGGUUGGCGAUCAAAGGAAAUCGCAUUCCAAAGGUUCUCCCACUACUCUCAAGUUGAUCACUCUUUUACCUUUUGGUUGUGUGAUAAUUGAUUCGGAUACAAUGCAAUCCGAGAUGAUUAGCGAUGGUGGAGCCUCCAUUUCAAUUGAAAUGGAAAAACUGAUUUCUAGUUCUAUCAAGAAAAAGCUUGAAAUUAGUGCACCCAAUUCGCGUAUUUCCGGAGGGUGUUCUAUUCAUAGGGUUCCAGAAAGGUAUCACAAAUUGACAGAGCCUAGUGCAUACAAGCCUGAGGCUAUCUCAAUUGGUCCUUAUCACCGUACUAACCAAAGUUUAAAAGCAACAGAAGAUCUGAAGUUGUUGUAUGCACACAAAUUACUUACCAUAAGUGCUGAAGGAAAAAUUUCGAAGUUGUAUGCGCAAAUAGUUAAAGCGUCCGAAGACUCAUCGUCAUCACCAUCAGAAGAAGAAGAAGAAGAACAAGAAAAAGAAGAAGAACAAGAAGAACAAGAAAAAGAAAAGGAACAAAAACAGGAGGAAGAAGAAGAAGAACAAGAAGAAGAAGAAAAAGAAGAACAAGAGGAGGAAACUCGCACUAUUAAGUUGGAUUCAUCGGGAGCUCUAUUUGCAACCGAAGCGUGGUUCACAAUAGUAGAGGAAUGUGUUUCAUCUAUCAAAGAGAUGGAAACAAAAAUUCGCGAGUGUUAUUCAGAACCUGUUAACAUCAACAGUACAGAAUUUGUAGAAAUGAUGGUAAUUGAUGGAUUAUUCAUUAUCGGGAUGUUAGUAAGAUCCAUGUCAGGGAGUUUUCUUGUAGACGAUCCUUUAGAUGGUAACGAUUGGCUCUUGGUAAAGAUGGAAGAGGAUCUUUUACUUCUUGAAAACCAAAUUCCACUGUUUGUCCUUCAAUGUUUGUCCAACAUAAUUUUCAAGGCAGGAGAGUCAAGUCAUGUGCCCCUUGAGAAACUUAUUCUUAAUGUGUUCAUGGACAAUUUUCCGCAUAUGUUGCCAAUGGAAGGAAUGAAGCUUCUUGAAGCGCGUCUAAAUCAAGGUGAACAAGCCAAGCAUAUACUUGAUUUCCUAAAUAUGCUAAUCCGACCUCCUGCUCAUACAGAUUCCUCCUCAGGGACAGAAGUAAAGAUUCUUACUGACUUAAAAGAAAACAAGGUAGUCAAGCUCACAAGUUCAUUGUAUUUUUUUAUACAAUUUCAGUUCACGAAGCUAAAGCAUGUUUUUGUUGCCGAUAAGGAAACGGAAAAUCUUUUUGAUACAUGGGAUUUUAUACCAAGUGCGACAGAGCUAAGUCGUGCAGGGGUCAGGUUCAAAAAGGGGUCUGCAGAAGGGAAUUUUUUGGAUAUUAAAUUCAAUUCUACAGGUAUUCUGGAAAUUCCUCCAUUAUAUGUCUAUGAUGGGACCGACCAACUGUUUAGAAAUAUCAUCGCUUGUGAGCAAAUAUAUGGUGGACGUUACUCUAUGACUUCAUAUGUUUUUUUUAUGGAUUUUCUGAUAAACUCUGCGGAUGAUGUAAAGCUUCUCCGCAAACAAGGAAUUGUCACUAAUUAUUUAGGUUGUGAUCAAGACGUUUCUGAUAUGUUUAACAAGUUUUGCCUCGGGGUAUCUGAUGGUGGUGAUUAUUAUUCUACACAUAUCAAGGACAUAAACAAGUUUUAUACGAAGCGCCGGCAUAUUUGGAAAGCAACUUUGAAGCGCGAGUAUUUCAGUAAUCCAUGGGCGAUUAUCUCGGUCGUCGCAGCAAUUCUACUUAUUACACUUACAGUCAUAUCCACUGUAUUUGGAAUUCUUUCGUUCUUCAUCCCUAAGUCUUGAUCAAAGUCUGAGUAGUUUUGGAUGCAUUUACGCGCAUCCAAACGAAGCCGCGUGUCCUCGGUUUUAUCCUUAUGUUAAGAGUGUGUUUUUGUGUAAUUAAGGUGCUUCUCUUGUUUGAUAGUUGUUUGUGGUGGUGUGGUAAUCAAAACAGGUGUUGUAAUCGAAAAGUUUAAACUUUUGAAAGAAGGUGUGAUUAUGAGUUGCCACUUGCCAGUCGGUUGAUAAUUAAUAUGUUGUUGGAAAAAU